GCAUUGUUAGAAAAGGUUAAAAACCAAAUUGAAUAACAUUGUAUCAUUCUAUGCAAAAGAGAGGGUAUGAAUCAGGUAUUGAGGACCUCUUCAUUUUGAUUUGGGUUUUGUGGUCAUUCACCUUAUCCAAAUUCAAACCCAAUGGUGGUCUCUGUCAAGGGUAAGGGAGAAGGAGAAGAUCUGGAGUGCAUUUGUCUGACCCAGAAAGGCUAGCAAGGGGGUGAAGGAGGAGGGUUCUUUGUUGAGCUUAAUUAACUAUCAUGGAACUCCAGACAAGCCAUAGUAAUAUGAGAUAUCCUUAUUUAGCAAUAAGAUAGCAGAUAAGAAGACUACCAUGCGGAUGAGGUGCGAAGAGGCAUUUGGCAGUCCAGAGAAGAUCAUACAGGUUCCCGUUCAGUUCUUCCUCGUUCUAGAGAGUUCAGGUAGCUUGUUCAGUUGAUUCAGCGGAUAUGUAAGUAGAAGUUUCUAAAAAGACUCAAAGUCAAGACUCUUGCCGCGUUUAUUAAUAAUAAGGGUACAUAAGGAAUUAUAAAAAAGAUUUCUACUAUCCGAAAACAUAUGGUUGUGAUUAUUAGCAAAUGGGUGUGUGUAAAUAGAAUUUCCCAAAAAGUAAAUACGAAGUAGUUUGGUUGCAGAAAGGUAAAAAGUAAAAAGAUCAAUUUGCAUCUUUUUAUGCAUAAACUCUAUUUAAUGCUCUAAAACUACCUUCCAAUAAAACUAAUUCCUUAAAAGUGCAGGAAGAAAAGUCAAUAAGGCAUUCUUGAUUAUCUUCACCUCAUUAUCUUCUCCUUAUGUUUUGAAAUACAGAGCCUUCUAUUGAAAGUUCUCUCGUCCUCUUCUACUCUGCCUCUGCAAGUUCUCGUUUGAAAGAUCAUGGCAACUCUAAAAGUGAGCUUCGUGAGGAUGGCAAAUCACUUCAGACAAGGAUUUCGAACCAAACAGUCUUAAUUUAUCGAAGCUUUAGAUCGGAAAACGUUUGAAUUGUUCUCAAAUUUUCUGCUCGAGGUCAACUUUUUUACCAGUGUUCUCAUAUAUUGUAAUCGCUCUAAUGGAUCGUGUUUUGCUUAUAAUGGUCAAGUUGGAUGGUAUAUGGGGGGCUGACUUUGUCUUCGUGAACAAAGCGACAUUAGGUAUUCAUGUCCCAUAUUCUUGCACAUAUUCAUCACUCUUAGACAUCCUGAAUGGCAGUAUUGAUCAAAUCAAAUGCAAUCCACGUUUCACCAUAUCAUACCUUGUUGAAUCCUGUCCUCCACCUGUUAGAGUCAAUGAUGAUGCUAGUUUACGCUUUUAUAUUGAUCUUAAGAUUCUUCAAUCAGAUUUCUCAAAGUAUCCUCUGUGUAUACAAUUUGACAAUGAGGAACUACCUAGUUAUGAUCCUGUUUUACCCGUUUCUACUCCAAAUACUUUGGUCACACCUGCACCUUGUUCUAAUGUUGAUCUGUGCAAUGCAAAUACCGGUUUCACUGUUGUCCAUUCUCUAGAACAAUACUUGCAUCCUGAAAUAUCUUCCCGUACUCCUGAAAUUAGUUUUGAUAAUGUUCUUUCAUCCACAUCUUCCUUUUAUGUCGAUCAGUUGAAUGUUUCCUUGAAUAAAAAUAACUUUGAAGAGCACAGUUCAUGCAGUGGUGUACUUCCUGAACUUUUGAAUGAGGAUUCCCUUGAUGAGGACUCACUUUCUUCUUCUUCUAAAAAUUUAGAAAGUCAUUCUUCACAUGCAUUUGUGUUGGACCAAAACUGUGAUGUCAUUACACGUUAUUCUGCUACUAAGAUUGUGCUCCAUGGUAUAUACGAGAACAAGCAAGCUCUACUUUACCACCUUAGAAUGUACGCGAUCAAUAAUAGCUUCCAAUUUUAUUCAAAGACUUCAAAGAAGCAUUUAUUGCAUGUGAUGUGUUUGGACAAAGAAAAUUGUAAAUGGGCUGUUCGUGCUGUUAGGCUCAAAGGUGUUCAGCUUUUUCAAAUUAGAAGGUUUGAUGUUGAUCACACUUGCUCAAUAGACUUUAGGCAAGGUGUUCGUCACAGGCAGGCCACUUCUGCAAUGAUUGCUGAGCUUGUAACUCAGCAAUAUAUGGAUGCUUCCAAAAAACCAUAUACACCUAAACAAAUCAGGGAUGAUUUGUUGUUGCAGUAUGGAAUACCGAUAUCAUACAAGAAGUCUUGGGCUGCAAAGAAAUCUGCCAUGAGAAAACAAUUUGGUUCAGAUUCAGAGGCAUACCAAUUGUUGCCGUCAAUGCUCCAUAUGCUAGACCAAGCUAAUCCAGGAUCUGACGUGUUGCUCAUUAGAGGGGAUAAUGAUGUGUUUCGCUAUUUGUUCAUGUCACUUGCACCAUGGAAGAGAGCAUGGGAGCAUUGCAUUCCUGUUCUUAUUAUCGAUGGUUCUUUUAUGAAGGCGUACUACAAAGGGACAUUACUUACCGCAUGUAGCCAAGAUGCAAACAAACAGAUUGUGCCUUUAGCGUUUGCUGUAUGUGAUUCUGAGAGCACUGCGUCCUGGAAGUGGUUCUUUACAAGGCUCAAAGAGUGCCUUAAACAUCGUGAUGACAUGUACAUUGUGUCAGAUAGACAUAAAGGUAUUAUCAAAGCUGCAAAGGCCAUCUUUCCACACGCUUCCCAUGGAUAUUGUUGUGAACAUCUGCGGCGUAAUAUGAGAUCCAAAUUUCGAGGUAAGUCAUCCAACCAUGGUUGGAAAUUUAAAGCUGCAUGGGAGGCUGCAACUGUGAAUGAAUGCUAUCAAUAUUUGUCCAUGUUGGAUGAGGAAGAUGCUAGGAUUCGUCCGUGGCUAGAGAAGAUUGGAACGGAAAAGUGGGCUCGAAGCAUGGCAGUUAAGAGUCGAUGGGGUGUUAUGACCUCUAACUGUGCAGAGGCCAUGAACAGCAUGGAUGCUAAUGCAAGAGAGUACCCUGUCGCUAAGCUUUUGGAUUUUAUCCGAGAAAAAAUGCAAACAUGGUUUGCGGGGCGGCUGGAAGAUGCAACUUCAUCAACUACUCAUUUGACUCUAAAGUUUGAGAAACAUUUAGUUUCAUUGCAGAGGGAUGCUUCAAGGAUGAGGGUUAAACUGUCAUGCCGUUAUGAGUUUGAAGUUGAUAGACUUCGUAGAUCUUUUAUUGUCAAUCUCAAUGACCGAACAUGCACGUGCCAUAUGUUUCAAUUAGAGCAUUUUGUUUGUGUACAUGCUGUAGCUACCAUAGGCACACGCGCUGGUGUUUCCUGCUAUGAUUAUAUAUCAUAUUAUUAUAUGAGACAGUCUGUGUUGAAUACCUAUAGUGGGGUGCAGCAUCCAAUUGGUGAUGUAUCUUCUUGGAUAGUUCCACCUCAUGUUCAAAGUAUUGUUUGCAAGCCACCUUCACGUUCUAAAAGACAAGCUGGUCGACCAAAAACAAAAAGGAUACCAUCAGUUGGUGAAUUCCGUGCAACCAAACGGCAAAAGUGUUCUCGUUGCCAUUCUGCUAGGCAUAACAAAAAAAGCUGCAAGAAUGCACUUACAAUUCAUUCUUAAGAAGCUGUUUCGUACUGUAUUUCCUUUUAAUUCUAAUUUUAGUUUUGGUUACAUUUUCAUUCCUAUGUGAAGAUUGAGAUACAUUUAUUACACACUGUUGUGGUUCUUAUAUUUCAUUAUAUUGAAUAUUGAAAAUUGAAUAUAUGGUAUUUUGUUUCCUGAGA